AUGGGCGCAGCCAUGCAGGCUUUGACGUCGUUCACACACAUGUUCACACACUGCGGGAGUGGCAAUGGCGGAAGCUGGCCGCAGGCUCAACUACUUGCAGGCACCCAUGGCGGCUUCGACGGCUUUCACAAGCGUCUGGCGCUGGGAGCAGCUGAGGAAGAGGUUUUUCAGCUUCUCCCAACGCAAGGCACCUGUGGAAGCUUUGACAUUGGAGGCACCCAUGGCGGCUUCGAUGGCGUUCGCGUGCGUCUGGCAUUGGGAGAAGGUGAGGAAGAGGUUCGUCAGCUUCUCCCAAUGCAAGGCGCAUAUGUGGAAGCGUUGACGGCAAGCUGGCGCUGGUCAUGGGAACGCAGCCAUGCAGGCUUUGACGUCGUUCACACACAUGUUCACACACUGCGGGAGUGGCAAUGGCGGAAGCUGGCCGCAGGCUCAACCACUUGCAGGCACUCAUGGCGGCUUCGACGGCUUUCUCAAGCAGAGUUUCUCCCAACGCAAGCAAGGCACCUGUGGAAGCUUUGA